AUGGCGACCCCAGCACUGCAUAGGGUGGACUCCCCGGCCGCUAGCCCGUCGAACGAGGGCACUGAGGGCCGUCGCAAGCGCGCCAGGACGUCCCUGAUGUCGGAGGAGCGAGAAGACCCUCCACGGACGCCAGACAACGACGACGACGCGCCGCGCCCCGACCUCAUCGCGUACCUCUCCCAGCGCUCCACCCAGGCGCAGCAAGCGCAGCUCGAACUCCGCGAAGCCCGCGAACGCUGCGCCGCGCGCGACCGGACCAUCGCGUCCCUCGAGGCCGCGCGCGACGGCCUCGCCGCGGAGAACCAGCGCCUCGUCGAGCGCAUCACCGCGGAGCACGAGCAGCGCUUGCAGGCGGAGGCGUCGGUCGCGGGGCGCGUGCGGCGCGAAGCAGAGCGCGUUGCCGCCGCGGAGGGCGAGCUCCGCGCCGCGCUGGACCGCCUCCGCCGCGCCGAGGCCGCGGCGGCGGACGCGGCGGCUGCAGACGGCCGGGCGGACGCGCUGCGCGGAGAGGUGUCGACACUGAAACGCCGCGUCCAGGCGCUCGAGGGCGAGCUGGCGGCCGAGAAGGACGCCGGCGUGGACGCGCGGCGCGCGCUGGAGCGGAAGGUCGCGUGGCUGGAGGAGAAGCGCGGCGUUGACGCGCGGGAGGUGGCGGCGUGCCGCCGGGAUGUGGAGGCGGCCCGGGCUGAGACCGCGGAGGUGCGGCGGCGGCUGGCGGCCGCGGAGGCGCGCGCGGCGGAGCUGGAGCGGCGCGCGCUCGUUGCGGAGUCGGCGAGCAGCGGCGGCGGCGCGGCGAUGGAGGAGGUAGUGCGUGCACUGCGUGCCGAGGUGGAGAGGCGGGACGCGGAGGCGGAGGAGGCUCGGAGGAUCAAGGAGCGGUGGGAAUCGACGCAGAUAUUGCGGGAGCGCGCGGAGAGCGAGGCGCGGCGCGCUGCGGACCUGCAGGCGCGGCUGGAGGCCGCGGAGAGCGCGGCGAGCGAGGCGGCGGCCGCCGCGGCGACGGCGCGGGCGUGGGAGGACCGCGCGAGCAAGCUCGGGAUCGCGCGGCCGGCGGACAUGGCCGCGUGGGCGGCGGACGCGCGCAGGGACGCGGUGGCGGCGCUGGAGCGGCUGGGCGCCGCCGACGAGAGGGCUGCGGCGCUGGCGGUGGAGGCGGAGGACCUCCGGGGGCGCGUGGCGGCGGCGGAGGGCCGCGUCAAGCUCGAGGAGGGGCGCACGGACGAGGCGCGGGCGGAGGCGGCGCGCGCGGAGGCCCGCGCGCGCAUGCUGGGGGGGGAGUGCGAGGGGCUGCGCAGGGUCGUGGAGACGUACGGGAAGGAGAGCGGGGCGGCUGCGUGGGCGGUGGAGCGCGAGGAGCUGCAGCGGGCGGCCGAGGCGCUGCGGGCGCGGGUGGCGGAGCUGGAGGCGGGUGUGGCGGAGGCGGCGGCGGCGGGCGCGUCGGCGCGGGCGGAGGCGGAGGCGCAGAAGACGGAGCUGGAGCGGGCGAGCGUGCGCGUGCGGGCGCUGGAGCGCCAGAACGACGCGCUGGGGCGCGAGGUCGCGUUGUUGCAGGCGCGGCUGGGGAGGGGGGAGUUUGACGCGAGUCAGACGCGGGUGCUGCACCUGCGCGGGAACCCCGAGGCGGCGGCGCGGGAGGCGAAGCGGAGGGAGGAGGUGGAGCGGCUGGAGGCGCAGAACGAGGCGCUGCGGGCGCAGCUGCGGGAGGCGGAGGCGGUGCGCGUCGCGGGCGGGGGCGCGGGCGCGGGCGGCGCGUCGAGCGAGGCGGCGGUGCUCGGCGCGGAGGCGAUCGUGCAGAAGCGGCGCGCUGCGGAGCUCGAGAAGCAGAUGCUGCGGCUCAAGGAGGUGUUCAAGGAGCGCGUGCACGCGUUCCGCGAGGCGUGCUACCACCUGCUCGGCUACAGGGUCGACAUGGUCGCCGAGGCGGUGCCGGCGGGCGCGGGCACUGGCGCGGCCGCGCCCACCACCGUCUCCCUGCGCCCGCGGCACGGCGACGGCAAGGACGACCUCCUGCUCUUCCGGUUCAAGCCCGGAUCCAAAGAGGGGUUCGAGCUGGUGGAGACGGCGUUGUCGCGCAAGUACCAGUCGACCGUGGACCUGCUGGUGGAGCGCUGGAAGAACAUCCCGGCCUUCACGGCGAACGUCACGACGGACCUGUGCAACAAGAUGACGCAGUGCUGA